AUUGGAUUUCAUUAUCGACUGCUCCAGCCUUCCCUAGUCCUGUGCAAACUUCUAUAGGGUUACAAUCAAUAUCAUCAACAAUCAAUGGCUCAUCAUGGUGUUUCAGGUCUAGUUGGGAAACUUGUUACUCAGCUGGAGGUCAAUUGCGAUGCAGACAUAUUUUAUAAAAUCGUUAAGCACCAUGAAGAAGUUCCAAACGUAAUUCCUCAUUUUUUCACCGGCGUUCAAGUGACCAAAGGAGAUGGACUUGUUUCUGGUUGUAUCAAGGAAUGGAACUAUAUUCUUGAGGGUAAGGCGAUGACCGCUGUGGAGGAAACAACCCACGCCGAUGAAACAAGGACCCUAACACACCACAUAACUGAAGGAGACGCGAUGAAAGAUUACAAGAAGUUUGAUGUGAUCGUUGAAACUAAUCCAAAGCCUAAUGGACAUGGAAGCGUUGUGACAUAUUCUAUUGUGUAUGAGAAAAUCAAUGAGGAUUCUCCAGCUCCCUUUGAUUAUCUAAAAUUCUUCCAUCAGAACAUAGUAGACAUGAGUGCUCACAUCUGCGCUUCUGCAUAAUAUACCAAUGAACUUCAGUGUUGUUGCGUGGACGUAUUCACGUGAAAAUGAACGUCGGUGCUUGCUGUUCAAUUUGUGUGCGUUAUUCCUUCACUAUGAUGAUGUCUAUGGAUGUUUGGUUAAAUAAGACUUGUGUGUGGACUAUCGGAUCUAUUGCAUCUCUGCUGAUCUUUUUAAAUAAAACAUACAGUAUAAAAUAUUUAAUUA